AUGCAACCUCCAACGUACUCAAAAGAAUGGUUAUCUGCUUUGAAUCCUGAAUUGUUCUAUGGCCUUCGUAAACUGCAAACCCUAAGUUUACGUUCCAAUUCUCUGAGGACUAUUCCAGUCCGUCUGUUUUCAGACUGUCGUAGUUUGGAUUUUUUGGAUUUGAGCACAAAUCGCUUGCGAAGUUUGGCACGCAAUGGAUUUGCAGGAUUAACCAAACUAAGGGAGCUUCACCUAGAGCACAACCAGCUGACAAAGAUUAACUUUGCUCACUUCCUACGGCUAAGCAAUCUGCACAUGCUCUUCUUACAGGGGAAUAAAAUUAGCAACCUGAGCUGCGGGAUGGAAUGGACCUGGGGCACUUUAGAAAAGCUAGAUUUGUCUGGAAAUGAGAUCAAAGCCAUUGAUAUGACAGUUUUUGAAAUAAUGCCUAAUCUUAAAAUUCUCCUAAUGGAUAAUAACAAGCUAACCACUCUGGAGUCCAAGGUUUUAUAUUCACUUAAAUCCCUAAGCAUGGUGGGUCUCUCCGGCAACCCCUGGGAAUGCAGCCCCAAAAUAUGUGCAUUAGCCACAUGGCUCGGUGGCUUCCAAGGUCGGUGGGAACACUCCAUCCUUUGUCAUACCCCAAACCAUACCCAGGGAGAGGAUAUUCUAGAUGCAGUUUAUGGUUUUCAGCUUUGCUGGAAUUUAUCAACUGUUGUAACACCCAUUGCUACAACUUACAGAGCUCCAACAACCGAAUACACAAAACGAAUAAGCUCCUCAAAUUUCCAUGUGGGAGAUAAAGACAUUUCAACCACCACAGGCAUGCCCUUUACCACAGAACAGCAGAUGCCUGAACCAAACAAUGCCAUCUUCACCCAGCAGGUAAUUACAGGAACAAUGGCUUUAUUAUUUUCUUUCUUUUUUAUCAUUUUUGUAGUGUUCAUCUCCAGGAAGUGCUGUCCUCCCACAUUAAGAAAAAUUAGGCAGUGUUCAAUGAUUCAAAGCCACAGGCAACUACGAUCUCAAACACGGCUACAUAUGUCAAAUAUGUCAGACCAAGGACCAUAUAAUGAGUAUGAACCUACCCAUGAAGGACCCUUCAUCAUCAUUAAUGGCUAUGGACAAUGCAAAUGUCAGCAGCUACCCUAUAAAGAAUGUGAAGUGUAA